AUGUCGCGCCCUGAGGAUAUUCUUCCUCCGGACUUGUUCUACAAUGACAAUGAAUCGCGCAAAUAUACCAAGUCCUCGCGAAUUCGCAACAUUCAGGCGAGCAUGACCGAUCGUGCCCUGGAACUCCUCGAUCUAAAGUCCCCAUCCUUGAUCCUCGACUUGGGGUGUGGCUCAGGCCUAUCCGGUGAAAUGCUCUCCGAAGUGUCCCCCGAAGAAGGUGGUCCGCACAUGUGGAUUGGUAUGGAUAUCUCCCCCAGCAUGUUGGAUGUAGCACUCCAGCGGGAGGUGGAUGGGGAUCUGUUCCUCGCCGAUAUUGGACAAGGCGUUCCAUUCCGUCCUGGUUCGUUCGAUGCCGCCAUUAGUAUCAGUGCCAUCCAAUGGUUGUGCAAUGCGGAAACCAGCGAGGUGACCGCCGAAGGUCGUUUGAAGCGCUUUUUCGAGGGCCUUUACGCCAGUCUCCGCCGAGGUGGCCGUGCCGUCUGUCAAUUCUAUCCCAAAAACGAUACCCAGCGGAGUAUGAUCAGUGGAGCCGCCAUCAAAGCUGGCUUUGGUGCUGGUAUUCUUGAGGAUGACCCCGGUACCAAGAGCAGCAAGCUGUACUUGGUCUUGACCGUUGGUGGUGGUGGUCUUCCAGGUGAUAUCACCGGCGUGGUCAAUGGUAUGGACGACGUGAGUGUGUUGGAUGCGCGACGAAAGGCCGCAGAGAUCAACAAUGCCCGAGGACCUCCUCGCAAGGGCGACAAGGCGUGGAUCAUGAACAAGAAGGAACAGAUGGCGAAGAAGGGCAAGGUCGUCAAGUCCAACUCCAAGUUCACCGGCCGCAAGCGCCGCAUCGCUUUCUGA